UACGAUUCGGAACAUAUUUUUAUGAACCGUUAGUACAGUUCAUGGUUGGACAAGAUACCGAACCAAGAAUCUUACAUGAAAACAGUUACAAGAAACUUCCAAAUGGUCACCGGGCACAUGAAAUGCCUAAUAAGGCUGUCGACCUUCUAGAUGCUGAACAAUUUAAAGAAACUCUUAAUGAGCUUGAAAAUGGGGUUCAAAAAGCAUUUGAUCAUUUUACGAAGUGGAUAAAACCUUGGUAUCACUUACCAUUGUCUAUUUGUCGAUUGGGAAGUAAUUCAGGUCAAUCAUUCACUCGAAGUUUUUACCAUAUUACUUUAAAACAACCAUGGAUAAAUAUACCAAAUGAAAAUAAAAUCAAAUUCGCAAAGGAAUUAGAAGACGAUAUUGCUGAUUCUAAUACCAAUGACUUUGGAUUGUCUAAAUUAUUGUUGGAGGAUAAUUACUUUCGACAUGAGUUUGAGGAAUUCUGCACAUCAACAAACCCUUUAUUACAUCACUAUCCUCACAUUUAUGAAUUUGUCAAAACUAAAAUUUAUACAAAACUCGACAAGGAAAAUUUAAAAGCCAGAAUUGAAGAAACUCGUUCUGAAAGAAACAAGUCCAAAAAAAAUUUUUCGGGAAUACCAAGUCAAUUAGACAAUCUUCAAGCUGAGCAACUCUUUGAACAUAUGUUUAGUAAUAAGAUUAAAUU